AUGCCAUCGAUAGAAUGUCCGCACAAAGUGCAACAGCCGUACGGCCACUUGACUGUUCAACGCAAAGGUGCCAAAAUAUGGUAUCAAAGAUGGACGGGGAAUCGAGAUGAGGGAGAUAAAGAAGGAGAGAGUUUAGAAAGAUGGAGAGAUAAACAAAAGAGACGUAGUGGGAUGACACAUAUCGGAGUUAUUGCAUUGAAAGCCCUGUUACUGAAGGGGUCAAAAGGUCGCGCGUAUGUGAUACUGAGACGCGAAAUAGCUCUGCUGGUAGCAGUGAUGAUGAAUGAAAAAGAAAAAAAGCUGCCUAUGAAAUGA